AAUGUCAAUUGUAAAAUGUUAGCAAAAGAAAACAUUUAGUCCCGCUAGACCCGAGACCAUCAAUUUAACAUUUUUUGAAACAAAUCGAUUAAAGCAGCCAAUAAACUUUUCCUAUUUUCUAAACUAUAUUUCAAAAUGAUAGAUUCUUUAUAUUUAAAACGCAUUGAGCCCCGUGUAUAAACCCCAAAAGGGUAGAUUUAAUUCCUUCAGCAAAAUAACCGUAAAGGCUUUAUGAUGGCAAAUUCUGUAAACAUUUCAAUCGAAGCUCCUAUAGAAAAUCAAAUACAAGAAAUAACCUACGAUGGACAAGAGAUUUAUCAAGCACCACUGUCCAUGUCAGAAAAUCUAGCAAGAUUGGCACAAAAAAUAGACUUUUCAAAAACUGAUGAUGACUUCUGCAACAUUAAGAAAGAAGGAGAAACCAGUGCAGAUGUAAAGUCUGAGGAAGAUAAAGACCCAGGCUAUCAAUCCAACUUAUGGCCAUGGGAUUCUGUCAGGAAUAAGCUGCGGAAUGCUUUGACAGAAGUGUGUGUGCUGGCAGAUGUAUUAAGUAUAGCCAAGGAGAAGAGAUACAUGGUAUUAGACCCAAUUCAGGCAGAUCAAAUAGAAAGCCGUCCCAUGGUUCAAGUGUAUGGGCGUAAGAAAGCUCUCUCAGCCGCAGGAGCAGUCCUCCUCAACGGGGUCGAGAGACUCAGGGCAAGUGAAACCAUGAGGAUGACGAGGAAUAUGCCAGACUUCCAUAUAGACCUGCUGAGGCUUCGGCAAAAUUGGAGGCUGAAGAAAGUCUCAAAUACAAUUGUUGGUGACUUGAGUUAUAGAACGGCUGGAUCUAAGUUUAGCCAGACGGGUGUUUUCGAGGUCACAAAAGCCCCGGAGGAGCAGAUCGCGCAAGCAAUGAGCAUGAACGCAUCGGGGCCGGCGCCGUCUGCUUUACGCGUCACCGUGCCACCAGAGUUGCAAGGGGUCGCUUUUAUAUCAGUGUUGUGUCAAAAAGAACAAGAAGACGUAGUGACAGCAACUAUAAGUUCAUCGGCUAUAAACUGCCCCGGAACGCUAUUGGGCGAUGGGGCAGACCUUCACUGGCAGCAGAAGCUCGAGGCCGCCCAGAACGUGCUCUUCUGCAAGGAGCUGUUCGCGAGGUUGGCCGCUGAGGCAGUGCAAUUGGAUGCAUCUAUACCACAUAUGGUUGUGGGCAAUCAGAUUAUGGCUACGGUACUGCCAGGCAUUCAGCUGUUGAUCGGCCUGUGUCACAAUAAUAGACAAAAUACCAGUAAUGGCACAGAAAAUGUCAAGUCGGAGAGCGCGUCGAACAGCAAGUCGGACCACGACCACGUGCUGGAGCACUCGCUGCACCAGCUGCUGCGCGCCACGCACCACGCCAACACGCACCACCCCUUCCCGCACCCCGCCACCGGCCCGCUCGGCCCCUCCAAGCGCCGCUCGCUGGCAGGUCCAAUGGCGGCCGAUAGGCAUGAGCUGCUUGAAAUGAGCAAAGAGCAGUCUCUAUUGGAACAAAUCAUACAACAGGCUCAGCAUUUCUUCAUGAGAAGACGUAGCGAAUACGUCUUAGAUACUAUCGCUAAAGAGGUAAAAGAUCCACUAAUUGUUUCGCACUGGAACGCCCUCAAUAGCCCCACGCAGUCCUGUGUCAAAAUCAAUAUCAUGGCCCACGCUUAUGACGCAGUGUGCCGUACGUCGCUAGUAGUACACGUCGGUGAGAAGACUCUCAAAUGCAUCUGCCGUGAUGGAAAAGUGCGCCAUCUAUCGUAUGAACUGCAAGAGUUGAGGGACCUUAUAUACUGUCAGAUCUACCAGCACCAAAUGACAGGAGUGCAAGCGGUGGGCCGCUGCAUGGGCUGGCAGCUGCUCGCUAGCAGUGCGCAUCUGGGAUCGGGGCCUGUGGAACCCCUUGGCAACGCCUCAUCUUGUUUAUUGGCAUCACCUAAUGGCGACAGAAUGAUAGCAAUAAGAUGUGAACCGUCAGUUGGAAUACAAGUUUUCAUCGCUCAAUCCCCAAAGAAAGACUUCUUUGUCAGUGAAUUAGUACAAGAUAAGAAAUGGGAGAAUCUCGGGGGAGCAUUCAAGGAAGUGAAACUAGAGAAAAUGGAAGGAAAGAACUUUUUAAACAAAAUGGAGUUACUCAUGGCCUGUUUGAGCAGUCCAUCUUAAUUAAGUGUACAAAUUAAACCACCAUAAUGGAA